UUAACCAUGUGCCAACCAGCAACAAAACGGAUAGUUUUAGCAUUCUUGAUUUAUUUUAUGUCAAAAUUAAAUUCCUUAAUGAAAGAAAUUGUUCCAAAAAGAGAUCUCUGAUCAAGAUAUGGUACAAAAUCGGCCGCUGUAGGUUCAGUAAACAAGCUGCCAACGAUGAUGAAAGAUGUCAGAGUUUCGGGCUGGUUUUUUCCAACAUUUGCACAAAUUAUUCGGUGAUAUGGAUGCCAUAACCUACCUCAAACCACCUGACUUUACAAAUCGACAAAUAUUAACGCCAAUAUGUGGCUACGGCAAAGAAACUUUUCUCCACCACUGGCAUAUUUCCAUCGGUCGCUGCACGUGCAUAUGAAAGUUACAUGCGACAACUUCGCAAAUGAAGCCACGUCGUUACCGCAGCAUUUCUUAAUCAUAAUAAAGUCCAGAAAACAGAUCUGAAAUCACUGCGGCUUGUAAAAUGUGAAUGAAGUCCUCCAUUACAAUAGCUACCAGUUCCGUCUGUAAGCACAAAAUUCUUACUGAUCGGCUCAACAAAAUACAGCGGCGUACAGUCUGAUGUUCAAUUAAUUUCUACUUCGGUAGUAAACAAAUACGUUCGCUUGAAUAAAUGUUGACUUUUCCUUUAAAACAGCUUUCAUAAGUUAUCAUGUAAUGAGUGCAAAAACUCGUGUUUUGAAGUGCUGCUGUUUGUUGUUUUACUGAACUGAGUUUUAAGAAAGUUCAACGCUAUUAAAUCGUGAGUCAUGAUUGGCUUAUGAUGACUUUAGAGAGAAGACGUGACUUGAUCACGGUACUAAAACCAUAUUUUUUACCGAAAAGACUCCAUUCUACUAAAAGUUAUUUUAUAAAAGCAAUAGACCACACUUUCUAUGGGUUUACCGGCGUGAUAACCCACUUGGGAUGUAGGGAGAACACUCGAAAAGCUUGUAAAUCACUCGCCUUCGGCUCGUGAUUUACAAGCUUUUUCUCGUGUUCUCCCAACAUCCCGCGUGGGUUAUCACGCCGGUAAACCCAUAGAAAGUGUGGUCUAUUGCUUAAUUAUACCAUGCUCUCCAAAUAUGAUAACUGUACGCGUCUGCUCAAAAUUAAAAACAAGCUGAAAAUCGGCUGUUUUUACAAAUUAAGUCGGGAACAAUUCUCGACAUUUUGUGGACGUUUUAAAUGAAACAAUUAUUCCACUCGCGCUUGUUGGAUAUGAGAUGAUUAUAGCCAACUCGAUCGGUGCUACGCUCCUCGUUGGCUACCUUCCAUCUCAUAUCCAACGCGCACUCGUGGAAUAAUUGUUAAUUAGUGAAAAAUUUCACCUGCGUUUGGCCUAAAUUCUAAUAAGUUCCCUCACCUAAAGGCACGAACACGAAUUUGGACAAAACGGGAGUAAAAUUAUUCCGACCCUCGUUUCACUCAUCAUACAGUGCUAGUACGUAGGGAGCUGAAGCAACCACCACGGAGAUGUCAACGAGAACGGCAAAGAAGAAAUAGGUUUGGAUGAGCAAAACGACAACUUUGCACGUGCAUCACGCUUUUUGCACAUUUUUUUUUGCCGUCACUGCACGACUACGACAUGAAAAGACCUAAUUUCACGUUUUGUGGAGGACGUGAAGACAAGACAACCAAUUUCUUGUUGUUUUCCUGAACUUUGAUUCAGUCUUUUAGAACUCAACUCCAGAAAAACAUUAUGCCAACAUUUGCCGCAUUGAACGAGAUGGAAUAAGCGUGAUGAAGUUUGAAGCAGCGCGUCCUCUCUUUUUGAGUGACGUUUCUGUAACCGCACCAUCGUCGUUCCUCAAGCUCCCUUGUGUCAGAAUUACGACCGCAGGUGUACUGGAUUGUUCUUCAGAGAAAUUCUAGUGUUCUAUGGCUUUACCAGCUAUGCGUUAUUGACCAAGCGUGCGGCCAAGAUGGCUGGAUAUUGGCCAAGUUCUUUUUCGCGUUGCGUCAGUCAAUUAAAACGCUGUAAAGAACGUAACGAGGCCAAUAUUCAGCUACAUAAAGGAUUUAUUAUAUGGCCAAAAGAAGAAUUUUUCUUGCGGGACCAAUGCGGGAAAUCCCGAGCGAGCAAGAUUGGCCCAUCUUGCCCGCUCCAAUGGUUAUGCAGUGCUGGCGAGAUCUAUCGUAGAUCAAAACACAUCAAGUAAUCAGAGAAACAUCGAUAGAAGGUCCAAACGUGCGUGAUCGGGUGACCUGCGUCUUAUGCUCUCCAUUAACUCUAAGUGGAAGUUCAAACGAAUGCUGGCUGCAUACGUGCCACGUAUGCGUAAUAGCACCCUGUAGAUUAGGAGUUUGGGCACCUAUUUUCGCCCACAAUGAUCGUUCCACUUGUAAUUUCAAGAGUAACUGGUACUCUGAACUUCUUUUUUUGUGCCGCUGCUAAGUACUUUUAAAAACGAAGUACGUGAGCAAACGUAACUCCGAACAUUUUUUUGUGUGCUGCUGCCAAGUACUUUUAGAUAACGAAGUACGUGAGUUGAAUGUAACGAAAAAAUACAUACGAAAUAAAUUUAGUGGUGAACAAUAGCGCUUUUGUUAUGCAUGAUCUGAUUUUUCCGCGCAAGAUGCUUGACAGCUUGUACUUCAAGUAAUAAACUUUGUGAACAAGUGUGAAGCAAUUGAUUGUUUUCUACACAGCGAUCAGGUUUUCAAGUGCUUUUGAAUCAAGUGUUUAAUUUCUUGAAACUAACUUAACUUCUAGGGUGAAGCCAACAACUGUUGGCCUUCCAAUUCAAGUGCACCCUUCAGAAAAAAUGAAAACACUCGUAUAUUUAAGGUAAAAGUUGAAUUAAAGCCAUUGGAAAAAGCGUGUACAAUCAAACCAAAACAAAGCAAAAGCGUCAUAAAAUCUUAGAGAGGUUGUAUUGGGUAGUUUGGAACUUCAAUUCUUUGCUUUGAACGUUUUUUUUUGUUUUGUUUUGUUUUGUAUUUGUGUUGUUUUUGUUGUUUUUUUUCUUUAAUCAGUCCAUGAAUGCAGGAGUCGCUUUGGAUAAAUAGUCGUUGACGUCGACACAUACACACUUACAUGAAACUGAUACAGGCUAGUUAAAUCCUUAGGAUAACAUUUUAUUUAAAUCACCAUAUUAUUAAACUGAAGGAAGUUGUAUAUCACCAACAUUAAGAAGGCUAACAAUAUCGCGAAUAUUUAUACACUACAUUUAGUAAGAGCAAUACUAUAUAAGAUUGAGAUCUUACCCACUGCUCAGCAUUUCGCGCCACUUAUGAAAAGGAACGUUUGUCUUCAUAACGUUUGCGUGGAAUGCUUUUAUAGAGGUCAUUGAGGAGAUAGAAUCUGGAAGCAUAACUCAAUUAUUCAGGUAGGCAAUUUAAAUGAUAAAUUAAUGGAAUUAUAAAAUUACUUAUUCAGGUCACGCUUUCGGAUGCAAAUUUAAUGCUGAGUUAGUGCACGUAGAGCUAAUAGUAUUUUCCUGCUGUAAAGAAUAAUCAAAACGGCUGAAAAAAGAGCCUAAACAACACCUAACAUGAAAAGUAAGGUCAUUUAUUUUAAUGAAUUAGAAAGCAGGGAAUAACUUGGGUUCCCCGAGUAUCUCGUGAUAGUACAGAAGUUAAAUUGUCCUCCAGUUCAAACUUGAAAUUGGUAUACUCCGCGAUCAUUUUGUGAAUUUACAUGAAACACCUUAUAGCCUGAGAAAAUCUCAUACUAAUUCCCGGACACAAAAUAAAAUCGAAAAUGUUAUAAUCAGUGUAACAUUGAAAUUAUUUAAAAAUAUUUCGAGUUUCGAUAUAUACAAAGUGUUCUGGCAUGCUGCAUGGAUACAUACGCCGAUUUCCUGAUGUUCACGCUAGUUAACUAUACCCUGGUAAAGUCAUUCAUUUCCCUAAAAUAAGCAGCCGGUGAUAACUUGGUUUUACUGAGUCUCUCGAGGUAGGUACAGUCGUAUUGUUCAUGUUUCGUGUUAGCCCUGAUUUGCACAUGUGAAUAACAAACUUGAGGAUUGUGGUGGUUUUACUUACUUGUUGUUGACAACCAUAAAUGAUGUCAAUUUCCUUAUCUCUCGUCAUCAUGAAGUGACCUAUUGUUUUUUUUCCAUACAGCGGUUUUAGAAUACUUCCUCAUUGCAUUGACCAGGAUUUGAAACUUUUUUUGUAUUCUAAUAACUAGUUUUCGUGUCAGUCUAUCCUCUAGAUCAUCUCCUCUUGAUGAAAAUUGUACUGAAACUCUAAAGAAGUCUAAAGAACUCACAAGAUUGAAAUUUCUUGUGUAUCAGUUUUCUCCGAUGUCCUUUGUAUUACAGUGUUUACGAGAUAGGAUGUUAUAUAAGUAACAAUGGGUUGAAGCUUUUUCGAAAAAAAGAAAUUAAGGGCUAUUCCCACUUUCUUGUGCACUAGAAGAAAGUAGCAAUGUGUUUUUUAAAACAAUGAUUUUGCAGACCUUGAGCUUAAAAAAAAAUUAUUCCUUUGCUUUUUGAGGUAAAUCUGAAUUUUAAGUAUGACGGCCCCUAACGAGCUCCUGACUGGGUUGAGCGUACCUUCCAAUCAAUGAAAACACGAUACGAAUUGUGCUAUGAAAGGCCUAGGCCAAUUAUAUGACUUACUAGUCUCCCGCAAAUGUGACGACAAACAACGUGUUUAAAGAUGGUGGCGAAUGGAAACGAUUUCUCAGAAUUCUUUUGUGUGCUCCACGAAUCUUUCAUGCCAAGUUUAGUUGAUGAUUUUUAAGAAACUGGACGUAUUAACACAGAUACUGAAGAAACUUUACGUAUUUUCAUCGAUAAGUGAAAACGAUGGAUAGAGAGAUAAGAUACGUAAUUUAUUCAAUGUCGAAUACAGGAAAACAUCGCGCAGUCAUCCGAAUCAUGUUAAAAACGCGGAACAAUCUAAUAUAAUACAAAACAAAAUAUAAUGUGUAUUAUAAAUAUACAUAUAUGUAUAUAAAACCCUAAACUUUUAAGGUACAGCUUUAUUUCAAAAAGGUAAAAAUAUUCGUAAUAUAGAUUAUCUUCUAGAGUUAAAAUAUAGGCUGUUUCUAUUUGAGACAAAAAAUGUUUUGAAGUAUGCGGUAAGGAAUUUCCUUUCUAAGAGGAAAAGAGCUAAUUCCAUUUUCUUGUUUUCUCUUUUGUAAGUUAAAGCAAGAUUCUUGGAUAAUAAACUUAAUGAUAUGUUGAGAGAAAAUUACUUCUGCAUGCUAACCUGAAUGGACAGGACACCCAGUGUAACAGACCCAGUGGAAUCUAUAUCAUCAUAGGGUUCUCGGAGAAAACGUGACUGGCUUGGUUUAUUCCCCUCUGGGUUUUUGUUCUUAGUUGUAUACUUCCCAUGAAAGCGGAAAGGGUGGCAGUCCUUACAUCUUUACUGGCAUGACAAAUUUGAACACCUUUAACAUAUUGCUCUAGCGAGAGGAAAUUAAACGAUUUGCAUUUUUUUAUGCGAGAUUGAUUACCUGUACACCCCGUAUUUUGUUUUUGUCAAUGGUAAUAAGUAAAAACGUUUUAUAUUUUUAGUGCUUCUUUUAAACACAUAGUGAAGAACGAAAUACACUGGAUUUGUGGAGGUAAUAAUAGAAAGUGACCAAGGACGCAAAAAAUCAGGCGGGUAGAAACAAAUUAUUCUCCGGGUAUCGGAGAGGCUAAAUUUUCAUCGGGUAGACUUGAAUAAACCACUAGGUAGGGCUCACUGGGUUUUUAACCGAGGGGUGUGACAGGAAUUCAAAAGAAAUAUAAACCCUUGCGCUGUUGUAAUGUGAUAAAAUUUGGUCAAACUUGAAGUAAAUUGUUAGAAAAUUCAUCUUAAAGAAAAGAAGAUUUGAUAGAAAAUUAGCACAUCCGCGCAAUUCUAGACAUAUUGUAUAACGUAUGUUCGCUUUUGUUUGUUAAUCAAUCACUUCACUGAUUAACCCUAAACGGUAUAGACAGUCUUUCGGUUGUUUUAGACAAAGUUGAAAUAAAUUACCGGUUGGGUCGGCUCUUAGUUCAGGUUCACUGAGUGGCACACAAGUGCAGGUUUUACUUUUAGCUGUUGGUCAAUCGAUGACCAAUCAUUAUCAAUCAGUUAUUAUUCUACAUCAACUUUUUAGAAUCAUCAAAACGCUUGGAUUUUGAACUCAAGAACGAGACAAAUCUAAACUUCUCCUGUGAACAUAUUUCUUGACUUAAGUCCUUAAUCCUGGGCAAAAUGUAAGACGGCCACCAUCAUCAUCAUCAUUCUCAUCAAAAAAUAAUGAUAAAACUUUUAUAGCAACAUCCCCAACGGGCUUUUCAGAAACUAUUUACAAUGGGAAUCAACUGAAUAAAAGAGUAAGAGAGUAAAACAUCCUCCAAGUGUUAAAGAAAUAACCUACUUAAUAUAUUAUGAUAUAAUUACAAAAGUUUAUAAGUUACUACAAUUAAAUAAAUUACAAAUUACACUGAGUAUGAAGAUAUUCUUUCAUGGAUGCCUUGAACUUUUUAAGAGAACUGCCAUGCUUUAUAUUGUUAUCCGGACCGUUCCAAAUGCUUGGUUGCUCUAAUGGGGAAAGUACGUUGGCCUGAAGCAGUUUUAAAAAGGGGUAUUUCAAGCGAAUCGCGCUUGCGAGUAAAGCGUUAUUAUAAUUAAUCGUUAAUCUGUAUUUGGCACUAUAAAUAUAUUCGCUCAAAAAUUGUAUAAAGAAGUGUUUUUUUUUUCUUAAGACUGGCUUGGGCUAUUAAUGUUGCUUUUAAGUAAUACCUGGUAACUAAAAAGCCCGGUUAGCUCAGUUAGAAGAGCGCCGGUCUACUGAGCGGGAGGUCGUGCCGUCAAACCCCGGCCGGACCAUCGACCAAGGUCUUUAAAAAACUGGUGAGAUCAUGCCAGCUGUGAAAUCCCUUUCUCAGUUCAGAUGACGCGUCAUUGGGCGGUGACGUGGAGGCGGUGGCCUUGUCUCCUCCAUCCUUGUACUUCAGUUGGAAGGUGACGUAAAAGAACCCGUGACAUUGUUCGAAAAGAGUAGGGGACCUAGGCCCCGAUGUCAUGCUCUAUCUGACUUGUGCCGUCAUCGGUCUGGGUGGGCAAGGUGUGAUCAAAAAUAUGGACUGAAGUGGCUGCAAGAGUGCGCCUUUACAUGCUGACGUCCGAUCUCACCUCUCUGGUUCCUCCGCAAUUCAGCCAUUGGCUGCAAGUGAGGAAAGAUGGCACAACAUAUUUUUUUCAACCGAAGGUCUCCAAAUUUUAUCAUUAUGUCGACGAGAAAAAAUGAACAACAACGGAAGAUUUUCAUCAGUUACUCUAAGGUUACUAAAAGUAACAACCUUAGGACUGAGACUUCUAAAUCUGUUGCUAUAAUACAUUAUUUUAUUACUAUAGCACAUUCUAUGCCUUAAGAAUGGCGUCAUAAUGUCACCAAGAAAUCAGUUUUUAUCACCAUUAUCAGUUUUUGCUUUUUUUGGUCAUACACCUCAUUUAUCCUCUUUAGAUAAAUAUGACGAGCUGCUUACUGGUAUGUCAGUUAGUGUUGUUGUUGAGCCUGGGAAUGGCGUCCUCUGACUUACCUGAACAUACAGGCUCAAUCGAAGGCUUGGAAACAGCUGAAACUGAAGUUGGAAUGCAGGAUGAGAUCUCUGCUCUAGGUGAUAUAAGCGAUGGCCACCUGACUGAAGACGAAGAUGACGAGUUCGAUGAAAACGAAGGUAAAAAGUUGGCCGAGGACCCACUGGCAGCAACGUAUAUUCCACCCUCUAGGAUACGCAGAAUACAAUUCGAGGCGAGGCGUAUUUUCUAUACUUUUUGCAAGUGGAUACAUUUUAGACCAUUUAGCCGAAAGAGGGAACGACAAACAGCUUUGAGGAAGUAUUACCAGGCAUUUGUGCACGGAGGAAAGAGCUUUAUCAGUGACGCUGACUUGCUAAUAGCAAAAAAGAGUGAAAAAUGCAGCGCGUGCCUCUUAAAUGAACUCUGCAAACGAAGGCAUAUUCAUUGGUUAUUGAACAUCAACGGCAGACUCCCUGUGUAAGUAAUCCAUGGUAUUAUACAUUGUACUCACUGUCUAUGUUCUCAUUGGCAAAGAGCCUGCAGUUAAUUUUGGCACAACCUACACUGCUAGCAGAUAACUGACGAAUCUGUAAGUUGCGUGCGCAAUGCGUGAUUUCCAAGAGCAAAGUUAAAUUGUGUUCCAUGCGACGAUGCGUUUUCGUUAUUUAUUUCAAAACAAUGUAACUAUAAUAAAACGAGAAAUAGAUUCUGUUUUUGUGAUACCCGAAAUAAUCAAGGUCUCUGUAAGUGUUGUAACAACCUCGGCCAUCAGCUCGGCUGAAGUGGCUAGUGCAUAUGUCGGUGCAAAUUUUUGUUUGGGACAGUCAUUAUAAAUUACUCUUACUUUUGCCUACUUUCGAACACGAACCAGACAGAUAGAUUACUUCAUGGGCAGGGCGCGCCUACGGGAUUUUCGCACGAGUUGGUGAUGUAUCAGAAAUCGAAUGAGAUAGCGCAGCGAAUACUUCACGUUUUUCAAGUGACGAUUGAAGCUCGCUAUAAACCCUCUGAGGCUUGACGGUUCAUAAUCGCCCCCAUCUUUUCUUUUCACAGUAACUUAUAUAACCCACUCAGAAUUAAGGUCUUGUGGUUUUAUCUCUUCUAUUUUUCUGUUUUCUAGCUUGGAUUUCAGAAACUCGGAGAGCAAGCCAGCAUCUCGUCUAGGUUUCGACAACGUUUUUUUUUGUUGUUUUUCUGUUCCUCGAUAAGCUGGUUAACGGAUUUUUGCAAAGCUGGAAAGCGAAGGCUUUCUCCUUCAGCCGUUAUUUAGCUUCUUCUGGGAAAUUUUCAUGAGAUAUUAUCCAAACCAAAAAUCUAAACGUUUUAACUUUUUGACAAAGCUGCCAGAAUAAAACCUUUGAUGAAAACACAAAGCUACCGAAAACACGGUUGCUUUUGGUGGGUGCGCUGUGAUUGGUCGAAACGUUCUACUCACACAGUGAAAAAGCCGUUUCGCUUUUCUGAUUGGUUGAAUAAAGGCGCGAACCAUGUUUUCACCCAGGUUGACUCAAACAGAAUCACUCAGUAUGUAUGAAAUACUGGCUUAUCAACCAUGAAUAACCCCAACACAAGACGCUAGAAAUCUUUGCAGGCUAUCCGAGCAACGUCACAAUGUGUGUCUUCUUUUCUACAAGAAAUACAUAAGAAAUAACUUAAAAACUAUAGAUGGAUUACAUCUAUUUUUAAACUCACGAUUUUUACCGCUAUCUAAUUUGUCUGCUUAUCAGGAAUGCAAGAAAGAGGAUCUGCAGAAGAAAAAUCGUCCGAGCAGCGAUUAAUCUUUAUUACCCCUUUAGUGCAAUCAAGAUAAAGUGCGAUCCAAAUGCAGAAUUUCGAACCAUCGAUGGGACGUGUAACAAUUUACGUAAUCCUUUCUUCGGGGCAGCCAAUACAACAUUCAACCGACUUUUACCUGCUGAUUAUGGAGAUGGCAUCUCAGCUCUUCGCCGAGCGGUAAAUGGGAAAGAGCUUCCAAACGCCCGUGACGUAAGUCGAUUUGCCCAUGGAAGUAACGCAGACCGAACAAAUCCGAACUCUACCAUACUGACUCAUCUGGCUAUGAACUUUGCACAGUUUACGGAUCACGAUUUUACUUUGGCAGAGGCACAGGGCGUUAACUGCGAGCCACCUGCCAAAAAUCCGGAGUGCAUUAAUAUUGAGAUUCCCAAAGACGAUGCGAUAUUUCGGGACCGGGAAGUGGAUUUUAUAGAAUUGGAGAGAGAUGCUCCUAGCAAGCCAGCCUCCUUCUGCAAACUGGCCCCUCGAGAGCAUACAAACACUCUGACAGCCUACAUUGACGCUUCUAACGUUUAUGGAUCAAGUGAGGAGGUUGCUGACUCCCUUCGCGCCCCAAAUGGCUUACUAAAAGUUAUGGAGAAUCCAGAUGGUGCAAAGCUUAUGGAUUUACUACCUGCCCGCAAUGAAACCACGGAGACUUUUUGUACAUCACUAGAUCCAUUGAGACCGUGUUUUGUGGCAGGAGACAGUAGGAGUAAUGAGAACCAAGGUGAGAACAAUUGCUUUAAUGUUUAAUGACCCUAGCAGUAAAUGGACUAUUUAUAUCCUACUUGCAAAACAGAAGGUGCAAAUACCUCUUAUCAGCCGAGUUCACGGUCCGUAAUGUUAAUUACGUACCGAUGCUUUUUCCAUCGAUUCAUAAAUCAUUGCCAUAAAUCGAUCGAAAAAAAACGAGGAUCUGUAAUUUACAGUACAGACCGCGGAAACGAGGCUAAUAAGAUGUUUAUGACAUGGCCUUCUGUUUGAGGGACCGGAAUCAAGUACAGAACACGCGAUUUGAGAGUUUUGACAAGGUUUUAGUGGCUCACCAAAACAACAGCACAUAACAAAGGUUUCCUAGAAAGUGAAAUCAAAUGCACCAUGUUGAAAAAAUUAAUUCGGUCAAAACUAAGAGCAAUGUAAGUUUUAGCUGACCACUUUAAUGCUGGAGCAUUUUGGAAAUUGGACAUUGUGCCUGUCUUCUGUCGCUUCCAUCUUUCUUUCGUUGGUUUUUGUAAAAAAAAACCACUACAAAUGGUAAAGAAGCUUGUGAAAGUAAGUUUCUUAUCACUGUUGAUGGAUUCGCUCGUUUCUCUUUGGCAACAAGUCUCCAAUACCUGCCAGUCCAUUCUCGUCUUUUUAAUUGUGAUCUACGAUGAAAUUUCCAAACACUGAGUAGAAUCCUCCUCCUCGGUAGGGUUACGAUUCAGUUUCUUCAUCAGCUUCGUUCUCAUUAAAGCACAGCUACAACAGGUUAAAAUUUGGAAGGACGAAAUCAGCAUCCUAGCCCUCAGGGUUUACAGACAUAUUGCCACUUUCUCAACUCCUCCUUUUGUCGAGAUAAAAAGAUUUAGACUUGCAAAUUAAAAUGACCAUUUAGUUUUAGAAUUUUGUUCCUUACAAUAAUUUAUAGACUGCAAAUUGACUAAUAGCAGGGCGAGAACAGACUUAGCCAUAUAAUAAUGUCAAUUGUUUCGUAACUUUCAGGUCUCAGUUCAGUCCAUACCGUACUUGUGCGCCACCACAACCGCAUCGCCACGUUUUUCCGUAAAAGGACAAAAUGGGGACCCGAAAGGAUUUAUCAGGAAACCAGGAGAAUCGUGGGAGCACAAUUGCAAGUGAUUACAUACGGGGAACUCCUGCCAUUAGUUUUGAGUAAGAACACGGUAGGUUUUUUUACAUGCCAAAUUGCAGUUAAUUUGACCUGGCCCUAGUGUGAACGAAUUUCACUUACGGCUGUGCUAAUCAGGUUAUGUUAACCGAUCCCGACAAAAAAAAACAACUCGAACUGAAUAUUAAAGCGUUUAAACUGGCAAAACUUAAGUAUUACGUUGCGGGAGGCACAAGGAAUUAACUGCGAGCCUCCUACCAGAAAUCCAGAGUGUGUCAACAUAAGAAUUCCCAAAGGCGAUGCAAUAUUUCGGGACCGGGAAGUGGAUUUUAUAGAAUUGGAGAGAGAUGCUCCUAGCAAGUACAGUUAAGUAUCCUAGCGGAGUAAAUCAGAGAGAGUCACCUACUAAACCUACGAGUUAAGGUGCAGGGUAUAGAGGGUAGGCCACAAUAUUAAAUAACAAUUCAUUCGCACAGGAAGUGGUUUUGUGCCCUUGUUAGUUUUGUCACUCCAAUGUUGGUUUUGGUUCGUAGGUUCCUUUGUCUUCGGUGUACAGUUUUGUGUAAAAUAUUUCCCUUUUUUGGGAAGCAAUCAUUAUAACAUUAUAACUACAUUGUGUGGUAAUAGUUGACAUUACACCUGCCCCAGCUCUGUAUAUUGUCGGUCAAUAGUAUUCUUGCUCGUUGUGUAGCUCUUUGAAAUAUACCGAUUCAUAAUGAAGAUUUUCACACAUAUUCCGUACAAACAGGUGAGAUAAAUACAGCUGGAAACGCAAGGUUCCAUGCACAAUUUCAGUUCGAUUUACACAGCUUUGAUCAAAACAUUCUCAGUUUCGAGAAUAGUUUAUUCUAAACCAUAAGAAAAGAUUUAAUUAGAAGUUGAAUUUUUCGCUAUUUCUCUUUCACUUUUUACAUUCAGUUCAUUUUAUUUGCCGAAAAGUAAGCGUUAGAAAUUAAAAGGACGUUUGAUCAAUUUACGCUCGCGCAUUCUAGUCUUAUUUUAAACUUUACAGCGGCAGGACAUCUGUGAGCAGGGAAUAAGUCAGCACAGAAUUUAAUUGUCGGCGAAUUUCUGUAAUCGUCCAUCGUUCUGCUAGUGAUAAGCUAGGCGUUGUUCACUCGUCUUGCUUGUUUGGGGCUGAGCCUUUUUCCGGUCAAAGAGAGAGAAAGAGUGUCUCGGGCAAGCUUUCCAAUCAAAGACUUGUGAACUCGUGUCUGGCAAACUCUCCAAGUGUUUAUAUACAUGUAUACACAGUUAUACGUACCUUAUAACUUCAUCUGUGCUUAACGAGUGUUGUUUGGUCCAUAACUUUCAAAACAACUUAAAUGUCACUAAUAACACGCAACGCAAAAGAGUAUCGAAGUAUGACUGGACGAUAAAUGUCGCAAAAUCUACCUAUUAAGCGGUCCCUUCGGGAUUUUCUGUCUUUACGUCAUCCUAACCAUUUCGUACUUGCGGGCUCAAACAAUAGAAACGUCAUCAUUACCUACCGAUUCCUCGCGGUCCCUGUUCAAGCAAAUCGAGAUAUUUUCUGGCAUACUGACUGUAUAUUUCAACUGUAAGUACUUUCCUUAAUAUACGCGCGAGUGCCUCCUCGGGAUUUCGCCUUCUGGGCGAAAUCCCUGCGGGGGCAAUCAUUAUAACGCUUCUCUUACGUGCUCUACUUGAAAAGUGUGACAUGUUGCUCUGAUUACAACUAAAUCAAGUUUAAAAUACAGUGGAAGCUCUUUUAAGCGGACACCCUCGGGACGCAAAAAAGGUGUCCAUAACUGGAGCUGAGCCGCUUACGGGAAUGCAAAAAUACAGAGUUUGUAUGGGAGUUGAGAAGAACGGGGUUUUGUAAAGGCGGCUGUUAAUACAGCUUUCCGCUUACGAGAGUGUCCGUAACGAGUGCUUCCACUGUAUUCAUUGUUUUUUUUUUCAACGUUACACAGAUCGAAAGGUUUGGACUCGGACUACUGAGCGGAACGAAGUUUUUCAAUGGUUACGACAAAAGAGUUAAUGCUCAAAUGAACGCUGGCUUUUCCGUGGCUGCCUACCGAUUUGGCCAUUCCCUGAUUCAGGAAAUUUUUAGACGAUUCAAUCAACGUAGUUUCCAACACAAAGAAAACUCAGAAUUCCGGCCCAUUCCCGUAUUGGACUUUGAAAAUCCACAGUACUUGUACGAGAUAUGUCAGGGAGGUGUAGAUGCCAUUUUGAGGGGAUUAAUCAAGGAUCCAGCGGCAAAGCUUGACGGGUAAGUAAAUACCGUAUUUCUUCGUGCUUCUUCAAAUAGGCGUCCACGCUCUAAUGAGCGCCCAUUUCCGAAUAAGCGCCCACCUCCUAGACAAAUAAUAUCAAACAAGCGCCUCUCCCCCCUCACUUUCUUUUAAAAAGAGUAGGGAUUUUAGGGGAAUGCGAAGAUCUGCGCGUCAUUUACGAGGAUGAUCUCCGGGAUGAUGAGAUGAUAAUACUUCAUGAAGAUGCAUUCUGGUAUAUCUUGUGUUCGUUGUUUUAUGGGACUACUGUACACUUGAUUGCAGCUAUUGGUUAGCAAACGAAAGACUAUUGAUAUUAGCUUCAGGUUACUAUUUAAGAUUUAGCCGAAGGAAACUUAACGUGACUUUGUUGAAAGGGAAACUUAAUUAAGUGCCCCCCCCCCUCGCCCCCCCGGUCAAUAAGCGCCCUUCCUUUUAGCCGAAACUUUAAAUAAGCGCCCGAACCCUCAUUCACGGAAAUACGGUAAAAACGUUCUUAAAUGCCAAAUGUGGGCUGUUUGGCGACAAGGAAGGUUGAAAAUAUGCAGUUGGAAAGAGACACAGAGUGCCUAUAUACCUUUCAUUAAAUAUAAAGACGAUUAUUUUUUUCAAGACCAAAUUAAACUUUUGUCUAUUUGUCUUGCUCCCAUGGAAAAUUAAAAAACCUGUUCUUACAGUUGGCAGAUAGAGCUGAAUGAGUGAGCGCCGACUUUGUUGCACCCCUCGAUACCUUGCUGGUUUCCCACAAAUCUGGGGUAAACCGUCCACGUCUCUGCCGAUCUCUGUUAAAGGUCCUAAGCUCAUGGAGUUCAAUAAGAAAAAAAGUACUUGCGGUUUAGGGCGAAGAAAGUGAGUUUUUUUUUUUAAAAUUUAUGGAUUUUGUUAUUUACAAUAGGAGAUUUUCCAGCUCUGUACAAGAAAAUCUAAGGCGAGGUGAAGGCGAUAUUGCUGACUUAAUCAGCAUCAACAUCCAAAGAAGUCGUGAACGUGGAGUUGCGGGAUACACUAAGUAUCGAAACCUUCCGUUGUGCGGACUGCGAAAGGUGAGAUCAUUCGAUGACUUGGAACGAAACGCCCGCUUCGACCCGAGCGACGUGGCUAAUUUGAGAAGAAUUUACAGGAAUGUUCAUGAUAUUGACUUUUUUGUUGGUGGUGAGUUAGUAAUAUCAUUUCAUAUACUUUUCACUUUUAAUUACACAUUUUGUGCAAAAUUUAAAAAAAAAACAUUCUGACUGCUUUCCACUAGUGGUAAGAGGUUAAAAAAUGGAAUUUUUAUCCUUUCCACGGAUGUCUCGUGUACAAGACUAAAACAAGCUUACUUUUUAAGUACGAAACAAAGGUAAGGAGCUCGUAAACGGUCAAAAAGUAAGUGCUGUCAGCGGUUUUUGGGUCGUUUUCCAUUUUUGCACCUCUAAAGCGUUGAUUGAGCUUGAAAUUUUCGCAACGAUGCAAAAAAAAAGAUGUCGUGAUGAAUGUUGCGCCAUUCUGCUCUGAGAUUUUGCCAACCUGGCCACUUGCAAACUUUUUUCAAUCAUAACUCAUUCCCAGUGGGCUGGGUUCGGGUUCUAAAGGUUUUUUCUGCUCGUUGGUAAACGUUCCACCACUUAAUUACCAUUCGGUCAUUCUUGGAGAUCCUGUCUCUGAGAUAUCGAUAAGACCGUCUAUUUCAGAGAACUAUCCUGGCUCUUUUCAUUUAGAAGACAAGCAAAUGCUGCAUCGACCAUCGGGUUCUGAACAUAGAAAAAGACACUGAAGGACAAGUUUAAGACCACUAUGUUAUCUCUUUUUUACGUACAUUGAUGAUGCAAGCUUUACUUUUAAUUGCUCCCCUUUCCUAGGGAUGCUUGAACCAAGACCUAGUGAUGGAGGAGUUCUGGGACCUACUUUUCAAUGCAUUGUAGCGGAGCAGUUCCGCCGCCUCAGAGUUGGAGAUCGCUUCUGGCACGAAAAUGCGCCAAACCCAAGCUUGAACACUGAUCAAACGGCGUUUAAUGCUGCCAUGCUACAGCAAAUCAGGAAAACAACAUUUGCUAAAAUUAUCUGCGACAAUGCCGACUACAUCCCAUUUAUAAGCAAGAAGGUUCUAGAGCAGAGUAAAAAAAGGGUGAAAUGCAGUGCUCUACCAACCGUCAGUCUUGAGCCAUGGGUAUCACACUAUUAAAAAUGCAAAGCUACACUGGGUAAGCUGCUUUAAUCUAAAGAGUAGAAGGCUACAAAAACAGACAGCUAGCAGUGUUCCUUAACCGUCUCCUUAAAGACUGGGGAAUGGCUGCCUCCUGCACUCAGCCCUGAUAAGGUUUCAUAAUGAUAUUCGGAAAAAGAUUGGUUUUAUUACACCAACAACCUGCGCCUUUAGCAAGCUGUUGGUCUAUUCCAUAGGAAUUGGCUCUUUUUUAGGCAUACUACUUCGUGACUGACAUCAGCUCAAGCCGCUUCUAGGCUUAAAGGCUAUUUUUUGCACUUCUUUGUUCAAGAAAGACAUAAAAUGUAAUUUAACGCUGCAAAAUACUUUAUCUCAACAUAUUUUAAAAGUCAAGCAUGAAAAACCUUAAAAUUUCAGGGCCAUCUAGUUAAUCUGAAUUUUAGUAACAUUCACGAUGGCGGUUAAGACGGCGAUCACUUUGCGGCAUGACGUCACAAAUUCUUAAAAAGGCCAUAUCCAAUAUCAUUUUUGUAAUAUUUUAUCAUUUGCUUUUUGCGUAUUAAAAGUGGUCAGAGAUUUUUUUUGGAGAAUGUUCUACCACCCUUUUUUGGCGGACAACUAUUGCAAGUUUUGGAGGCAUUUAUUAUGUCAUUCCUUUAAUUGGGCUUUGUGAGAUUUGUGUUGAAAUCAUACUGCAAAAACCGUAGAUGAUAUAUUGCUUACAUUGUAAAUUUUCCUAAACAAGGUAUUAUAUUCGAUGUUUUGCCCUAGAAUUUGAGGUUUGAAGAAUUACCAAACUUACCAUUUUAAUACUGUGAAACCAAACUUUGUUGGCACUUAUGUGUCGCUGGACAUAGUCUCCUGGUUUAUUGGUAAAAAAUCUUCCGCAUUAACCAAAGGAAAAUGGGAAGCAAUAAUUAUUUUCAUUGUUUCUUUUCGGCUUCUCGAAAGUCAAUAGUUAAUAGCCAGCCAACGCGCGCGAAAAGCACGUAUUAACUUGCGUCAAAUACUACUUUUACUAAUUAUAACUAUUUUAGAAAUCCCCACCACCUUGUUUUGAUAAAAUGCAAAAGAAUGCGUAAUGAGAAAUGAGCAUUUUACUGGCCUUUCACUCCGGGGUAUCAAAUAUAUUUAGGUCGAUCUGAUUCUGUGCGCAAACUGCGACCUCAAGAAAGAAUUGAGCAAAGUUGAAUAAAUCUUCGCUCAAGCCCUAUAACACUUCCUCUGUUUGUUUCCUACAGACUAAAUAUAACGCGACAUGCAUGUUGAAUUUCAACCACAUGUUCACCACAAAAGAGAUGACCACAUCCGCGAUGAUUUCCUUAAAUCGCACUAAAUAAACAACCAUGCUAAACGACUAAUAGGCCAUUUCGAUUUGCCCAUGCAAGCCUCUGCUUCAAAUCGAGUCUAUGUGCCUCGCUAUUGAUAUGAGUAUGAUUUUGUAUUCUCAUGCAAAUAAAACUCAUUUUUACAUGAAAGGUUUCUCUCUUAGCCUUGUUUUCAAAGUAAGAGUUUCAUGGAACUCGGAAACGGCCUAUUGUUUUGGUAUAAAAAGCUUAGCACUAAAGAUAAACGUGGAUUAGACACUCGACUAUUAUAGAUGGCUAUUUGAAAAACAGGCGACUGUUAUCAUAAAAUUUGCCAUGCAUCGUGUAUUGUCUGAAACGAGUCAGUGCAAUAAACAUUUUGCUUGGCUAACGAUUUGUGUGAUGUUUGUGUGUCUAACUUUAUUUUAGCACCAAAAAAUCCCUUUGUGUAGUACACUUCAUUCACCAGUCAUAUCUUUGAACAGGAACGAUGUGUAAUCAAAAAAUUGCAAAUGUUUUGAAAAACGUUUACACAGAGGUAAGGGACCGGUCAUUAUUUAUCGCCUGGCGGGGAGGGGGGCGGGUGGAGGAUUUUGGGGGGCGAGGUCACUUGAUUUUUAGGAGAACAAAAGUGGCAUCAGUCGUAACUGAGAACCCGAAAGGUGGAUCACUGAAAACUUUGGACGGAUUAAGAGGGGGGCCACCAAAUUUGUUUGGAAAAUGGGGGGAUCGCGAAAGUCAUCAAAUGUUAUUAGCGGGGUUCACUUCAGUGAAGUAACUUUCAAAGGAGGGAUCGGCUCCCCCUUCACCUUAUUUAGGCCCAAAUCCUAUUUCUCCCAUUUCUCCGACUAAACUGUAUAUAGUUUUGGAGUGUUGUCCUAAAAAUUUGUAACCUGGAAGCAAUAUAUUGUGACAGCUAUCUUCAGUAAGCCUUGUCUCAGAUAGUGCUAUGAUAUCUGGUUGAUUGCUAUUAAAGUAGGGUUUUUAUACAAGCUGUGAAUAUUGAAAUGCAUAAGCGAGAAACUUUUGUUUUUGAUAUUGUACAUUCUUGAUCUAGUUUGUUUGUGUGAUAUCUAGAUUCAAUAAAUUCAUAAUAUCCUACCUCUUUAUUCGCCUUAUCUGGAUUAUAAAUAACGUCCUGAACAAGUCCAUGGAGUCAAAUAGGUUACUAGAAACGUGAUAAAUCCAAGCACCUGUUUCUUUUCUUCGUUAGCUAAAUUUAAAAAUGGAAGUUCACUCAAUGAUUGCAUUAAGUCUUAAUCGAGUCUUUAUAUGUGGUAGUUGCCUUUAAUACUUCUCGAAAUUGAAGAGAAAUUAAAAAAAGAAACAAAAUACCUGGAAACAAGGAUCGACCAAUUCAGCCACGCUAAAAGCGCUUAUUGAAUUCUCCAAGAUCUUCUUCAUGAUCGAAUACAAGUAACUACUUAGCUGUCUUGUCCUUUCUAAUGUAUCAGCCGUUCUGGGAUCAGAUAAACUUCCAUUUAAUACUUUUCCUAAAUCUGUUUAUUGCUCCGUACAGCUUCUUCCUUCUCUCCGUCAAAGAUUCUGAUUCAGCAAGGUCCGCGAAUCAAAUUAAAAGAAACAACUGAACUGAAAAACUAGAAUCUUGGUAAAGGAUAACCGUCUAACACCAUUUGCAGAUCGAGUUAUUACAAACAGCGAGGUAACUGAUGAAAUUAAAGAAAAUUGUCUAACACCUUUUGAUGAUCAAGUUAUUACAAACGCAGCGAGCUGGGUACCUAAUGCAAAAUUCGAAAAGAAACCGGAACUGGAUACGUGAGGCUUGAAACUUGGUAAAAGAAGAAGUGUCUAACACCUAUUGACGAUCAAAUUAUUAAAAACGGUGAGAAAACUGAUGCGAAUUAAAGACACCGGAACAGGAUAAGCGUGAGACUUGAAAACUAGUAAAAGAAAACUGUCUCACAUCAUUUGAUGAUAAAGUUCUUACAAACAGAGUGGAAACAAAUGCAAAUUAAAAAUUAAAUACCGAAACAAAAGAAGUCAAAGAUAUUAAACUUUACACUGAAUCUGAAUAUGGCUGAUGAGGUAUCAACCGGAAUCAAAACAACUUGCCUUCAAUACAAUAGCACUGGUAGAUCUACAUUUCAUAUUCAGGUUAGGAAUUCAUCUUAUUUUUCUUUUUGUUUUGAAGUCAUCUGGAGCUCAAAGAAAUUCUGAUUUUUUCUGCCCGGAAUAAAGCUUUUCCUCGUGCUAAAAUUAGCCAUAACCAGUAACAGAGCUAAAAGCUUAAAUUCUUACAGUUAAAAUAAAGUGUUUUUACUCACGGGGCCAGCAUCUAUUCUAAUUUUUUGGAACAGAAGACGAAAAAAAAGAGAUUUCAACUCCCGGCCACAGGAUUGUCUUGGUACACCAACAUGGCCGUCGUUCCAUCGUUUUGAACACCAGUUGGGACUUUACGAUCCGACGACGCAAUUGCAAAGAGAAAUUCAAAAAAACAAUAGUUUAGAAGGCAGAACAACAACUUUGUGCAUAUAUCACACCUUUUUUGGUCAUUUCUUUGGUCAUUUUCUUUUGCAUGACUACGAAGUAAAAUUGCCUAAUUUUACAUUUUAUGGAGGGCGUUAACAAGAGACUACGAAAUUUAAUUUCACUUCUUCAACUUGGAUAGGGAUCCUAGGAACUCAACUCGAGGGGGGACUCGCCUACUUUUGAUAAGGUGAAUGGGUAGGAAUAAUCGCGAUCAAAACUGGAAGAACGUAAAUUCAUUUUUUAAGCGAUGUUUUGGCUGCCGUCGAGUCUUCUGAUCGUAAAGUUCCUGAUAUGACCGCCGAAACUUUGUGUGAAAACUCUUUUAGUUUAUAGACCGGAUUUCUAUGUUUCUCCAAUUCCGUGCAAAGUCUUCCUACAUAUAACAAGCUACCGUUGACCAGAUUUGAAUGACGUUUUGCGAUAUUGGUACAAAUUACGCCAGUUUUACAGAAUAUCGAGAGAACUAGUGACUGCACACCGACGAGAAUCCCCUGGGGACGAGGUUAAGCAUGGUAGCUUAGCUGUAUGGUUAGAAAAUGGAAAAAAUUGCCCAGAAACCGGCCAGUGAAGAUGGCUGAACUUUACAUCGAUCGAGGUAUAUGUAAGCAAGUUUUUACGUCUAAAAUAUUUUGAUGAGUAAAGGCCUAGGUCAAACGUCCAACUCUUCAUGAUCCGAACCAAACUCUAAUUUGGGUGGACCUAAAUUAAGUUAAGAUCGUCGAACUUAGGAUGCGUGGAACUAAUCAACUGAAUCAGAUCAGUAAAAAAAAUUUUCUCGAACGAGGCUAAAUAUACAUUAUCAUAUCGUCGCAUGUGAAGAUCGACGUUUUUUCCGCCGACUAUGUUCCGACGAUAUAUGCGUCUGAAGCAGAUGAAUAGAACGUGUUUGGUGAUUCAAACUCAUCCAGACGAACUUAACUGAGCCAGACGUCGAACUUUUCAUGAACUUAACUCACUAAGUUUAGUUCGUCUUAUGCAAUGUUUGACGUUUGGCCUUGCCCUAAUUUUACAAUUAUUGUAUGGCUUUCGUAUGAUAUGAAGAAGCAGAUCUGGGACGAUUAGGUCGGUGCCCCCCGAUCGAUUUGCCUAAUAUACGGCUUUAUUUCAGGCUCAUUAACCUCAUCCAAUAAUUGCUAUUUCUCCGUAAGAAGGAAAUGUUUUCAAAGUAAGCAUGUUUUUACGUCUAAAAUAUUUUUGAUGAGAAUUAAACAAUUACAUGAUUGUAUGCCUUCCGAUCGAUCUGCCUAGUUCUUUAUUAUCAGGCUCAGCCUAAAAAAAUAAUUGCUAAUUCUCCGUAUGAAGAAAUUAAAUGUUUUCAAAAAAAUUUCUAAUCCCACCUCGCUAAUUCUUUUUUGCCACCAACUCGUUUUCCCAAGGGGAUUCCCAAAAUACAUUCUGUAGGUGGACAUCACUUGAAACUGUAACAAUUAUUAAUUUACGAUAUGAAGCUAUGCAACUCCCAUGGGAAGAGCAACAAGUGCAAAUCCCACGCUAACUCCAAAACCUUAACGUUAACAUUCCCGACACUUUCAACUUGUCAACUGACUGAAGCAAGCUUCUUAUCUAUUUUCUUAUGCUGAUAAGCUCGGCCAAUGUAUUCUAGUGUAUUUUCUUGUAAAAGCGAGUAGACCGUCUUUUGACUCUUUUACCUUGGAGAAACGGGUCGGUUACCGUGUAGAAUGUUGAUUUCAUAACUACCUCAGGGAAAUAGUUUCGCCAGUGAAACGUAACUGUUACUAAUUUACGAAAAAAAGUUCACCCACCCUAAACGUUUAAGGUCUCUACUGAAUACUUUGGGAGGCCUUUUUUUUCUAAACAAAGUCGUAUUAGGCGCUCAUGGCUGGAACUGAAUUAAUAAUGACAUGAAUUAAUUCUCCAACUUGAAUGAGAAUUUUAAGUUCUACGAAUAUAUGAAACAUAACUUCACCAAAAGUCAUUGAACCAUUCUGUGAUCUGUUUAAGCUUCAAAAUAAAAGGAAACUUUAGACAAUCCCAAGGAAUAGAUUCAACCUGUUAAGAAAAUUCUCUGGCUCGAAUGAUUGAUUCAGGUUAUACAUAUAAAUAAACUAUGAAUAUUUCUUACAUAAGGGUAAAAAUUAGCAAGAAAUAACGUCGGUGUUGAUCUCGCCAUGGCAUCAUUUUUAAACGACGAAAUGAGCUUAAAUCGACUUAACAAUUUGUGGUGAAAAAAGGAAACAAAUUUAAGUAAAUAUUUUUGCAUGUAAAUGGAAAGUACUUAAUUGUCACUACUUAUAAUCAAAUAGUUUUGCGCGGGUGGAGUCCGCUUGCGAGUUUAAGACCCUGUUUACAUGGAGUGGGGGACCCCGGUCUAGUGGGGUAAGUUUCUUUUGUUUUGUGUCCUCCAGAGCGCGAAAACAAAAGAAACCAACCCCACUAGACCGGGGUCCCUCACUCCAUGUACACAGGCCCUUAUUAAGCUUGGCCUCUUCUCUUUUGGUGAAAAGCAUUUCAGUCAAUUUUGCUUCGCACUUCCGAAACACGAGCUGAAGAAUCGAAGUGCGAUGCAUAAUUUACCUGUCUCAUUUCUGAAAUGUUUUGAUAAAGAAGAGCUCCAUUUUUUCAGUCUUCAAACUGCGUAUGUAACAAGUCAAUUUUGAUUACUUUUGGCACUUGAAAAUUAAUUUGUGUCAUAGCAACAUCGAAUCGUUUCUUUUCUAAAAAACUUUUCUCGCUAAUUUUUAUUCGUCAUUGUCUGACAAUCUGUUUCAAGUCGACUAAAUGACUAUUUCACCUGGGGUAAUUCAAUCAUCGCCUAGUCGUCUUUAGGUUAAAUUGAAAGGAAACCCUAUAUAAAUUAUGCCAUCUCAAGAUACGGCUUAAACUUGAUAAACAUUGUCCAAAUCACAUCUCACAUCAUUUGAUGAUAAAGUUCUUACAAACAGAGUGGAAACAAAUGCAAAUUAAAAAUUAAAUACCGAAACAAAAGAAGUCAAAGAUAUUAAACUUUACACUGAAUCUGAAUAUGGCUGAUGAGGUAUCAACCGGAAUCAAAACAACUUGCCUUCAAUACAAUAGCACUGGUAGAUCUACAUUUCAUAUUCAGGUUAGGAAUUCAUCUUAUUUUUCUUUUUGUUUUGAAGUCAUCUGGAGCUCAAAGAAAUUCUGAUUUUUUCUGCCCGGAAUAAAGCUUUUCCUCGUGCUAAAAUUAGCCAUAACCAGUAACAGAGCUAAAAGCUUAAAUUCUUACAGUUAAAAUAAAGUGUUUUUUACUCACGGGGCCAGCAUCUAUUCUAAUUUUUGGAACAGAACGAAAAAAAAGAGAUUUCAACUCCCGGCCACAGGAUUGUCUUGGUACACCAACAUGGCCGUCGUUCCAUCGUUUUGAACACCAGUUGGGACUUUACGAUCCGACGACGCAAUUGCAAAGAGAAAUUCAAAAAAAACAAUAGUUUAGAAGGCAGAACAACAACUUUGUGCAUAUAUCACACCUUUUUGGUCAUUUCUUUGGUCAUUUUCUUUUUGCAUGACUACGAAGUAAAAUUGCCUAAUUUUACAUUUUAUGGAGGGCGUUAACAAGAGACUACGAAAUUUAAUUUCACUUCUUCAACUUGGAUAGGGAUCCUAGGAACUCAACUCGAGGGGGGCUCGCCUACUUUUGAUAAGGUGAAUGGGUAGGAAUAAUCGCGAUCAAAACUGGAAGAACGUAAAUUCAUUUUUAAGCGAUGUUUUGGCUGCCGUCGAGUCUUCUGAUCGUAAAGUUCCUGAUAUGACCGCCGAAACUUUGUGUGAAAACUCUUUUAGUUUAUAGACCGGAUUUCUAUGUUUCUCCAAUUCCGUGCAAAGUCUUCCUACAUAUAACAAGCUACCGUUGACCAGAUUUGAAUGACGUUUUGCGAUAUUGGUACAAAUUACGCCAGUUUUACAGAAUAUCGAGAGAACUAGUGACUGCACACCGACGAGAAUCCCCUGGGGACGAGGUUAAGCAUGGUAGCUUAGCUGUAUGGUUAGAAAAUGGAAAAAAUUGCCCAGAAACCGGCCAGUGAAGAUGGCUGAACUUUACAUCGAUCGAGGUAUAUGUAAGCAAGUUUUUACGUCUAAAAUAUUUUGAUGAGUAAAGGCCUAGGUCAAACGUCCAACUCUUCAUGAUCCGAACCAAACUCUAAUUUGGGUGGACCUAAAUUAAGUUAAGAUCGUCGAACUUAGGAUGCGUGGAACUAAUCAACUGAAUCAGAUCAGUAAAAAAUUUUCUCGAACGAGGCUAAAUAUACAUUAUCAUAUCGUCGCAUGUGAAGAUCGACGUUUUUCCGCCGACUAUGUUCCGACGAUAUAUGCGUCUGAAGCAGAUGAAUAGAACGUGUUUGGUGAUUCAAACUCAUCCAGACGAACUUAACUGAGCCAGACGUCGAACUUUUUUCAUGAACUUAACUCACUAAGUUUAGUUCGUCUUAUGCAAUGUUUGACGUUUGGCCUUGCCCUAAUUUUACAAUUAUUGUAUGGCUUUCGUAUGAUAUGAAGAAGCAGAUCUGGGACGAUUAGGUCGGUGCCCCCCGAUCGAUUUGCCUAAUAUACGGCUUUAUUUCAGGCUCAUUAACCUCAUCCAAUAAUUGCUAUUUCUCCGUAAGAAGGAAAUGUUUUCAAAGUAAGCAUGUUUUUACGUCUAAAAUAUUUUUGAUGAGAAUUAAACAAUUACAUGAUUGUAUGCCUUCCGAUCGAUCUGCCUAGUUCUUUAUUAUCAGGCUCAGCCUAAAAAAAUAAUUGCUAAUUCUCCGUAUGAAGAAAUUAAAUGUUUUCAAAAAAAUUUCUAAUCCCACCUCGCUAAUUCUUUUUUGCCACCAACUCGUUUUCCCAAGGGAUUCCCAAAAUACAUUCUGUAGGUGGACAUCACUUGAAACUGUAACAAUUAUUAAUUUACGAUAUGAAGCUAUGCAACUCCCAUGGGAAGAGCAACAAGUGCAAAUCCCACGCUAACUCCAAAACCUUAACGUUAACAUUCCCGACACUUUCAACUUGUCAACUGACUGAAGCAAGCUUCUUAUCUAUUUUCUUAUGCUGAUAAGCUCGGCCAAUGUAUUCUAGUGUAUUUUCUUGUAAAAGCGAGUAGACCGUCUUUUGACUCUUUUACCUUGGAGAAACGGGUCGGUUACCGUGUAGAAUGUUGAUUUCAUAACUACCUCAGGGAAAUAGUUUCGCCAGUGAAACGUAACUGUUACUAAUUUACGAAAAAAAGUUCACCCACCCUAAACGUUUAAGGUCUCUACUGAAUACUUUGGGAGGCCUUUUUUUUCUAAACAAAGUCGUAUUAGGCGCUCAUGGCUGGAACUGAAUUAAUAAUGACAUGAAUUAAUUCUCCAACUUGAAUGAGAAUUUUAAGUUCUACGAAUAUAUGAAACAUAACUUCACCAAAAGUCAUUGAACCAUUCUGUGAUCUGUUUAAGCUUCAAAAUAAAAGGAAACUUUAGACAAUCCCAAGGAAUAGAUUCAACCUGUUAAGAAAAUUCUCUGGCUCGAAUGAUUGAUUCAGGUUAUACAUAUAAAUAAACUAUGAAUAUUUCUUACAUAAGGGUAAAAAUUAGCAAGAAAUAACGUCGGUGUUGAUCUCGCCAUGGCAUCAUUUUUAAACGACGAAAUGAGCUUAAAUCGACUUAACAAUUUGUGGUGAAAAAAAAAAGGAAACAAAUUUAAGUAAAUAUUUUUGCAUGUAAAUGGAAAGUACUUAAUUGUCACUACUUAUAAUCAAAUAGUUUUGCGCGGGUGGAGUCCGCUUGCGAGUUUAAGACCCUGUUUACAUGGAGUGGGGGACCCCGGUCUAGUGGGGUAAGUUUCUUUUGUUUUGUGUCCUCCAGAGCGCGAAAACAAAAGAAACCAACCCCACUAGACCGGGGUCCCCCACUCCAUGUACACAGGCCCUUAUUAAGCUUGGCCUCUUCUCUUUUGGUGAAAAGCAUUUCAGUCAAUUUUGCUUCGCACUUCCGAAACACGAGCUGAAGAAUCGAAGUGCGAUGCAUAAUUUACCUGUCUCAUUUCUGAAAUGUUUUGAUAAAGAAGAGCUCCAUUUUUUCAGUCUUCAAACUGCGUAUGUAACAAGUCAAUUUUGAUUACUUUUGGCACUUGAAAAUUAAUUUGUGUCAUAGCAACAUCGAAUCGUUUCUUUUCUAAAAAACUUUUCUCGCUAAUUUUUAUUCGUCAUUGUCUGACAAUCUGUUUCAAGUCGACUAAAUGACUAUUUCACCUGGGGUAAUUCAAUCAUCGCCUAGUCGUCUUUAGGUUAAAUUGAAAGGAAACCCUAUAUAAAUUAUGCCAUCUCAAGAUACGGCUUAAACUUGAUAAACAUUGUCCAAAUCACAUCUCACAUCAUUUGAUGAUAAAGUUCUUACAAACAGAGUGGAAACAAAUGCAAAUUAAAAAUUAAAUACCGAAACAAAAGAAGUCAAAGAUAUUAAACUUUACACUGAAUCUGAAUAUGGCUGAUGAGGUAUCAACCGGAAUCAAAACAACUUGCCUUCAAUACAAUAGCACUGGUAGAUCUACAUUUCAUAUUCAGGUUAGGAAUUCAUCUUAUUUUUUCUUUUUGUUUUGAAGUCAUCUGGAGCUCAAAGAAAUUCUGAUUUUUUCUGCCCGGAAUAAAGCUUUUCCUCGUGCUAAAAUUAGCCAUAACCAGUAACAGAGCUAAAAGCUUAAAUUCUUACAGUUAAAAUAAAGUGUUUUUACUCACGGGGCCAGCAUCUAUUCUAAUUUUUUGGAACAGAAGACGAAAAAAAAGAGAUUUCAACUCCCGGCCACAGGAUUGUCUUGGUACACCAACAUGGCCGUCGUUCCAUCGUUUUGAACACCAGUUGGGACUUUACGAUCCGACGACGCAAUUGCAAAGAGAAAUUCAAAAAAACAAUAGUUUAGAAGGCAGAACAACAACUUUGUGCAUAUAUCACACCUUUUUUGGUCAUUUCUUUGGUCAUUUUCUUUUGCAUGACUACGAAGUAAAAUUGCCUAAUUUUACAUUUUAUGGAGGGCGUUAACAAGAGACUACGAAAUUUAAUUUCACUUCUUCAACUUGGAUAGGGAUCCUAGGAACUCAACUCGAGGGGGGGCUCGCCUACUUUUGAUAAGGUGAAUGGGUAGGAAUAAUCGCGAUCAAAACUGGAAGAACGUAAAUUCAUUUUUUAAGCGAUGUUUUGGCUGCCGUCGAGUCUUCUGAUCGUAAAGUUCCUGAUAUGACCGCCGAAACUUUGUGUGAAAACUCUUUUAGUUUAUAGACCGGAUUUCUAUGUUUCUCCAAUUCCGUGCAAAGUCUUCCUACAUAUAACAAGCUACCGUUGACCAGAUUUGAAUGACGUUUUGCGAUAUUGGUACAAAUUACGCCAGUUUUACAGAAUAUCGAGAGAACUAGUGACUGCACACCGACGAGAAUCCCCUGGGGACGAGGUUAAGCAUGGUAGCUUAGCUGUAUGGUUAGAAAAUGGAAAAAAUUGCCCAGAAACCGGCCAGUGAAGAUGGCUGAACUUUACAUCGAUCGAGGUAUAUGUAAGCAAGUUUUUACGUCUAAAAUAUUUUGAUGAGUAAAGGCCUAGGUCAAACGUCCAACUCUUCAUGAUCCGAACCAAACUCUAAUUUGGGUGGACCUAAAUUAAGUUAAGAUCGUCGAACUUAGGAUGCGUGGAACUAAUCAACUGAAUCAGAUCAGUAAAAAAAAUUUUCUCGAACGAGGCUAAACAUACAUUAUCAUAUCGUCGCAUGUGAAGAUCGACGUUUUUUCCGCCGACUAUGUUCCGACGAUAUAUGCGUCUGAAGCAGAUGAAUAGAACGUGUUUGGCGAUUCAAACUCAUCCAGACGAACUUAACUGAGCCAGACGUCGAACUUUUCAUGAACUUAACUCACUAAGUUUAGUUCGUCUUAUGCAAUGUUUGACGUUUGGCCUUGCCCUAAUUUUACAAUUAUUGUAUGGCUUUCGUAUGAUAUGAAGAAGCAGAUCUGGGACGAUUAGGUCGGUGCCCCCCGAUCGAUUUGCCUAAUAUACGGCUUUAUUUCAGGCUCAUUAACCUCAUCCAAUAAUUGCUAUUUCUCCGUAAGAAGGAAAUGUUUUCAAAGUAAGCAUGUUUUUACGUCUAAAAUAUUUUUGAUGAGAAUUAAACAAUUACAUGAUUGUAUGCCUUCCGAUCGAUCUGCCUAGUUCUUUAUUAUCAGGCUCAGCCUAAAAAAAUAAUUGCUAAUUCUCCGUAUGAAGAAAUUAAAUGUUUUCAAAAAAAUUUCUAAUCCCACCUCGCUAAUUCUUUUUUGCCACCAACUCGUUUUCCCAAGGGGAUUCCCAAAAUACAUUCUGUAGGUGGACAUCACUUGAAACUGUAACAAUUAUUAAUUUACGAUAUGAAGCUAUGCAACUCCCAUGGGAAGAGCAACAAGUGCAAAUCCCACGCUAACUCCAAAACCUUAACGUUAACAUUCCCGACACUUUCAACUUGUCAACUGACUGAAGCAAGCUUCUUAUCUAUUUUCUUAUGCUGAUAAGCUCGGCCAAUGUAUUCUAGUGUAUUUUCUUGUAAAAGCGAGUUGACCGUCUUUUGACUCUUUUACCUUGGAGAAACGGGUCGGUUACCGUGUAGAAUGUUGAUUUCAUAACUACCUCAGGGAAAUAGUUUCGCCAGUGAAACGUAACUGUUACUAAUUUACGAAAAAAAGUUCACCCACCCUAAACGUUUAAGGUCUCUACUGAAUACUUUGGGAGGCCUUUUUUUUUCUAAACAAAGUCGUAUUAGGCGCUCAUGGCUGGAACUGAAUUAAUAAUGACAUGAAUUAAUUCUCCAACUUGAAUGAGAAUUUUAAGUUCUACGAAUAUAUGAAACAUAACUUCACCAAAAGUCAUUGAACCAUUCUGUGAUCUGUUUAAGCUUCAAAAUAAAAGGAAACUUUAGACAAUCCCAAGGAAUAGAUUCAACCUGUUAAGAAAAUUCUCUGGCUCGAAUGAUUGAUUCAGGUUAUACAUAUAAAUAAACUAUGAAUAUUUCUUACAUAAGGGUAAAAAUUAGCAAGAAAUAACGUCGGUGUUGAUCUCGCCAUGGCAUCAUUUUUAAACGACGAAAUGAGCUUAAAUCGACUUAACAAUUUGUGGUGAAAAAAGGAAACAAAUUUAAGUAAAUAUUUUUGCAUGUAAAUGGAAAGUACUUAAUUGUCACUACUUAUAAUCAAAUAGUUUUGCGCGAGUGGAGUCCGCUUGCGAGUUUAAGACCCUGUUUACAUGGAGUGGGGGACCCCGGUCUAGUGGGGUAAGUUUCUUUUGUUUUGUGUCCUCCAGAGCGCGAAAACAAAAGAAACCAACCCCACUAGACCGGGGUCCCCCACUCCAUGUAAACAGGCCCUUAUUAAGCUUGGCCUCUUCUCUUUUGGUGAAAAGCAUUUCAGUCAAUUUUGCUUCGCACUUCUGAAGCACGAGCUGAAGAAUCGAACUGCGAUGCAUAAUUUAACUGUCUCAUUUCUGAAAUGUUUUGAUAAAGAAGAGCUCCAUUUUUUCAGUCUUCAAACUGCGUAUGUAACAAGUCAAUUUUGAUUACUUUUGGCACUUCAAAAUUAAUUUGUGUCAUAGCAACAUCGAAUCGUUUCUUUUCUAAAAAACUUUUCUCGCUAAUUUUUAUUCGUCAUUGUCUGACAAUCUGUUUCAAGUCGACUAAAUGACUAUUUCACCUGGGGUAAUUCAAUCUUCGCCUAGUCGUCUUUAGGUUAAAUUGAAAGGAAACCCUAUAUAAAUUAUGCCAUCUCAAGAUACGGCUUAAACUUGUUAAACAUUGUCCAAAUCAAAUGAAAUUUUAUCAUUACCGACAUAUCACCGCUUCACAAACGAUUACUGAAUUAUCUCCUGAUUGCGUUGGCUUUAGUUUCAAAUUGUUCUCAGUGGUAGAUCGUAUAAAGAGAAGCAUCUCACAGACGUACGCUACAGUUGCCUCUGUCUCGGAUCAAGACGAUUCAGACUGUCUCCGUUGAUCAGUUUGAUUUGUACCAAGGGGGAACAUACAUCAGGAAAUCAGGUAAACAUCCACUAUAAGAAAACAUUGUCUUUCUUAUCUCUUUGUAUAACAGUAUUUUUAACUACAGGUAGUCGGAUCGCGUUGGGACGACCUAAACAUUAAAGAACCGCGUCACGAAAUUUAUCGAAAUUCACACAGUUGAUUGAGCUGCUUCCGAAUUAAAUAAAAGAGAAAAAUAACGGCUCAAAACAUUUAAGGAAGGUACAAAUAACACAUCAAAUACAAAAGAAGGCGCGGAUGGACAAACUUGAAAAAGAUUAAAACGGAUUGCAUAUGCCGUUUUGCUGAAAACGUGUUAGCCUAACAUUUUUUCAAAUUUUAUUUUUGUUAUUUGUACCGUGUGAUUUAAUUCUUUGAGAGAGAUAUUUGUUUGAUACGAAGUUGUGAUUUUGUAUUUUAUAGUAAAUGUUGGGUUUAUGUCAAGUUCCUUAGACGCGUUAUUUACAAUAUUAACCCAGUGAACAAAGACAGCGUGACACAGCCCCUCUAACUGUGUGGUAAACUAAACUUGCAUGCAAUAAAAAUAGCAAAAUUUUUUGUUUAUUUCUUAAUUUAUUUCUUUAUAUUAUUAAUUUUAACGUACUCCAGUUGUUAUCCGUAAGGAUUGCUUGAGGACCCUUUUCCCUGUUAGCUCGCAAAAUAUAGAGGAAUAUCUCCCUUAUAAAAACCACAAGAGACCCAGUCACUGGUUUCUUAGUGAUGAAGGUAUUCAGCAACUGAUCAUCAGGGGCACUCAACGAAAAAUUUUGGAAAAUAUCUGUUCGGAAGACGAUUUGAGAUCUAGAAUUUUCGGAACAUUUGUUGUAAAAUUUCUUGCUUGCCUGCCUCUCCUAGGAUUUUCGAACAUCUAAAACAUGGUGUAAUUGCACAUUUUUAACGGAUUUUACGAUACCCUAAAAAGAUCACCGAGAGUUUUCGGGAGCCUUUUUUCUGGCUAAAAUUUUCGAAAAGGUAAGUUUUGAUCCCAUCACUAGACUUUCAGUUAGCAAAUCCGAACAGUUCAAAAAUUUUUAGGGGAUAAAAAUAUGCCUAUAUCUACCGUUUAAAUACUAAAAUACGUUCAACAAUGCUAUGUUUACGUGGUUUUGAACUAUAUUCUCGUUGGAUGCCCCUGUGAUCAUGACUGUUCAGCUAACAGAAUUGGAGCUUCGAAAGUCCACAGAUGCUUUUUUGUUUAAUGAAACUGAACCACAGUAAAAUCCUUUACAAUAGUCGAUAUUGUGAGAGUUUCGGGCGAAGGAUAUCAGUUCGUGCAGGUUAAAGCAUCGUACUUCUUGAUUCUCAAGCAGCGGUUACAAGAGACCUAAUUUGGCCAUGUCCUGCUUUUCUUCUCAUCCGUUGCAUUUAGAGCGAGGUCGGCGUCCGCGUAUACAUAGGGGUUCUGAAAAUACUUUCCUUAACAAUAGAGAGUGCUCUUCGUUGAAGAUGGCAACCAAGUCCGUUGAGAAAGCAGCUAUGAAAAAAGACUGAAAAGAUAAGACUCUGAACAGAGUUUAAGCAGUCUCGUUAAGCGCAGACACGCCCUAUGAUAUAAUUCCCUGCAGAUAAUGUUGACAUGAAUGUUAUUUUUUACAUUCUAUGAGGCCUUGCGACACACGGUCAAAAGUCUUAGCUAGUGAGGGCGCCAAAGGCUGGGUAGAGCUGCUGCUUCAGCCGUCUGCUACUUUUGAUUGAGAAGCUCGAUCUUUUGCAGUAUUUUGCCAGCAAAUGAGAGGCAGGGGUGAUUGAGUAGAACUUUCUGCAUUCUGCAGUUGUUUCUUCAUUGGUUACAAAUAAAAGGAUAAUACCUUACUAAUCAUGGUUGGGCCGCCAGAGGUAUGGCCUCAACUUCGAAUGCCUCGCCACACGAUUGGCAACAUGAAGAGGUUGGGGGAGAGAUUUCACUUGCUGAUUGAUCUCUAUUUGCUCGAGGCUGUCAGUGCACGUUCCUCCUUCUUGAAAAAGGGUCUUUUCAGCGCAUCCAUAUCCUGAAGAUUGGCAACCUCUGGUUAUGAGGAGUAAUAGGGAGCUUAAGCAUGGACGUUUUUUACCAGCGUUCGUCAACCGGAAGUGGACAUUUUCAAUUACUGGGCAGUUUUUUUUUUUGGUUGCUCACAUUUUUGUGCAAAAAUCUGUUUAAGAAUAACGACACUUAGCUAUACAAAUUUGAUAGCGUCAAGAAAUAAUUACAAGAGAAAGACUUCACUUCCGGUUGACGCACGUGCGUCGCUCAGAAACGCCUAACAAUAAUGAUAACGUUAAUGAUGACACGAUAUUAGUUUAGAUUCAUUCCUUUUUUGUUUUAAUGUAUGUUUUGUUUAAGUUUUACCAAGAGCUCUUGGUUUUACACUUAUUUAUUCGUUUCUUUAGUCAACCAUGGCAAUUCGCUUGCUAAUUUGUCAGCUGGUGUUCGUGUUAGUACUGGCACAGGCGUCAUCUUCCAUUCUUGAUGACACCAGCUCAGGUAGUGGUGCAAUUGAAGACACACCUGAAAUAGAAGACGAAACGCCAGAUGAGAAUUCUGAUCUUGAUGACAUAAAUGAUAGCAACCUGCCCGAAGAAGAAUUUGAUGAGAUGACAAGCCUGGAUGAGAUAGACGAUGAGAGUUUGCCAGAAGAAUUAAUGGCCGAAAAAGAUCUUCCAGAGCCUAGCAAACGCAAAAUUCAACGCGUGGCUAGGCAUCUUGAAAAGCGCUGUAGAUGGAGAGCGACACGAGUUUUUCGAGCAAGGUACACGAAAAAACGGCCGGCCUUGAGAUUGUACUACCAGGCGUAUCAACAUGGAAAAAAGAGUUCCAUUAACGACAAAGAGUGGAAAAAAGCAUUAAAGAGUGAAAAAUGUAGCGCAUGUGUCUUAAAUAGGCUCUGCAGAAGGAGAGGGAUUCAAAGAUUAUUGGGAAUCCCGAGAAUUGGUUGGUAAGUAAUUGAAUACCUUGUACAUAUCAUCGGCUUUUUAUUAGAUCAAAUAAAUAAAUUACACGACACUAUAAGAGACAGAUGUUACUACAUAUAGACUACGACUACUUCAUUUUACCCGGGGAUAGUAGAUCGCAAGAAAUACUCUAGCUUUUUCUUUUCGAAUGAAUAAUAUCAUUCUGGCCCCAGUCGUUUAAAAGGUGUAUAACGCUAUCCUUCCGUUCGGAUAAAUCACUAUCAAACUGGAUAAAGCGAUUGUGAGUCCAUAAAACUUAUUCGCUGGAUAGUGAUUAAUCCAAAUAACAAAUAACAAAUGCAGAUUACCCCUAAUAACCAGAAAAUUACAUACUGUAAGAACAGAACUUUAUUUUUGGGUAGGUAAAUAUUUUUUUGUCUACCUUAAAGGAGGAGGCGCAAGAUGCUCUGCAAAAGAAGAAUCGUCGCUGAAGGGCUUGAUGUUAACGUGCCUGCCACAGAAAUAACGUGUGAUCCAAAUUCUAUAUUCCGCACCAUUGAUGGAACUUGCAACAACCUACGAAAUCCUUCAUUCGGGGCAAUCAAUACACAAUUCAAUAGACUUAUACCUGCUGAUUAUGGAGAUGGCAUCUCAACUCUUCGCCGAGCGUCAUGUGGCAGAAAGCUUCGCAACGCGCGUGACGUAAGUAGGAUGGUUCAUGGCAGCAACGCAGAUCGAGCAAAUCCCAAUUCCACCCGACUUUCCCAUCUAGCCAUGAACUUUGGACAGUUUAUGGACCAUGACACAACACUAGCGGCGUUUAAGGGCCUCAACUGCGAACCACCCACCCGAGAUCCAGAGUGCAUCAACAUUAAAAUUCCCAAAGACGAUGCAACAUUCAGGAAACGGGACGUUGAUUUUAUCGAAAUGGAGAGGGAUGCUCCUGUAAAACCGACCUCCUUCUGCAAACUGGCCGCUCGAGAGCAUACAAACACCAUAACGGCUUUUAUUGACGCUUCCAACGUUUACGGAUCAACUGAGGAACUUGCUAAAUCUCUUCGCGCCGAAAACGGCCUACUAAAAGACCUCCCACAUCCAGAUGGUAUGGGGCUUGCCAAUUUGCUGCCUCCGCAGCCAGAAGAUUCCGAAGAAUUCUGUCCAUCACUAGAUCCGAUCAGACCGUGCUUUCUGUCAGGAGAUAUACGAAACAAUGAGAACCAAGGUAGGAACGCUCGUUGUAACGUUAAAGCUCUAUUAUAAACCCUAUUCAUACCGACAUGGACCGAGAGGGUAGAGGAUUUCCCUCAUUCCUACCCCUUGUCCAGUACACCGCUGUUGCUCCUAGCCUGCCGAGGAGCAACAGGGGCGCUCCCUUAUAUAAGCUGUAUUUGUGUGUAGGGCACCAAAGCGUGUGGCAUCUGACCUUUUUUAUCCUGAAAUUAAUUGCCGAUUUUAACCGCAGGGAUGUUUUUAGGUUAUGUUUUUUCUUCUCUUAAAGCAGGGUCUGUCAUCUGUCUCUUGAGAACACUGGUUCAGGGUUAAAUUAGGGCAGGGGAAAAUAAAGUCAUGUAUUUUUUUUUCUGAAAUAGGAUAAGGGUUACAUGAAACAUGCCGAACGCCCCCUCUCGAACGUUUUUAGGAGUACCCUUUUGGCUAGAAAACAAAAACAAUAAAUAAAGACAGAAAUAAGGUCGUAAAUCAGCACGUAAAAUUGGGCAGUUGCAAAACACUAAUUUUAGACCCGAAUUUAACGCGGCUAGAACUUUGGCGCUUCCAGGAUUUUUUAUGACAUAUUUAAUACUCAACGGAAAUUAUUCAAUUCCUUUCAAUCAAAAAAGUUCUAAAUUAAAGCAUUUGAACCUGAUCCAAUAUCGUCAAACACCAUCUGACAAGGCGUUCAAAAAGAUUGGUCCAGUAUUGAUAUCUUUACUAGCUCUGGGGGGGAUCACUUUCAUAUUUUGUAGAUUGUUUAUGUCAAAGCCUCCAAAAAUUGGCCACCAAAAUCAUAAGGAUAGUUUAGAAGCGCGACGUUUAAUUUGAUUUCUUUUUCCCGCAGGGCUCAAUUCAGUCCACACCAUCUUCGUGCGUCACCACAACCGGAUAGCCACAUUUUUACGCAACAACAACAAUAAUAACAACUGGCCCAGCGAGAGAAUUUAUCAGGAAACCAGAAGAAUCAUCGGGGCACAACUGCAAGUGAUAACGUACAAAGAAUUCCUGCCAUUGAUUUUGAGUUCUGAAGUGGUAAGUGGAAUGUCAGUAUGCUUAGGUCGCCCCAUGUCGAGGGAAUCCAAGACAUUCUUAUGGAUUCUGGACCCCACGCAGUGGAUUGCGGAUUCCAUGUACUGGAUUCCAGUCUUUGUCAGUGGAAGCUGGACUCUGGAUUCCGAUCGUUAGUGGGAUUCCGGAUUCCUUGAGCUGUAUUCUGGAUUCCAAAACCCAGGAUUCUGGAUUCCUGACUAGCCUGCGUAGCAAGCGUUUCCUUUUGGUUUCGGAGCAAAAAAAAAGACCGUGGAAAGGGAUUUUCGGUUUUGACCGCGCGAGAAAUGAGACGAGAACCCAAAAAAAAAGAGGGGAAGGGGAAGGGGAAGGAAGGUUUAAGGAAAGGAAGGAAUGUUUCCUUCCUUUCUUCCCCAACCCCUCCCCGCUCUUUUACUUGCGCCAGUUUCGCGCGGUCUUUGACUCUUGUUCCUCAUUUUUUGCUCCUAAACCGUACAGAAACACUUGCUACGCAGGCUAGGAUUCCACAAGCAACAUAUUUUCCCAGAUUCUGGAUUCCACAAGAAAAAUAUUUCCCGGAUACACACAUGGGGCGACUUAAAUAAUGCCGAUCCGAAAAAGGCGGAAAGCAAUUUCCUUUGUUCUGGUAAAUGCGUUCUCCUCACUUAGAAAUGCUUUCUUUUUCACACAGAAAAUGCAUGAACCUACACUAAGGCAGUUUACGAAGUAAAACUUCAUUUAGAAAGGCUGUUUCUUUGUGUUAAAAGAGUUCGACUAUUAUCAGAAGAGUUUACAAUUUCACAUGUCCCUCAGGUGAAAUUUCUGUGUUAUUAAGAUUGUGUCAUAAGAAACUUGGUCAGAAAACUAAGGAUUAAUAUGCAUGCUGAUUGAAAGGUUUUGUAAAUUUUGCACUGUUCAUUGUAAAGAUCAGCCCAAAGUGCCAAUGGCCCCGCAUGAUCUGUUGCAGCCGUAGGAAAUUAUUCAAGGUCACAAGUCUUACAGGAGUCCCACACUGGCCUGAACCUGAGCUGCUUGAUAUAUCUUGCAAAUAAUUAUAACGAUAACCCUUUCUUAUCGCUUCCUUUUUCCUCAUAUUUAAGAUAAAAAGAUUUGGUCUCAGGUUACUUGAGGGAGGAACGUUUUUCAGAGGCUACAAUAAAGGAGUUAAUGCUCAAAUGACAAAUGGCUUUUCCGUGGCGGCUUACCGAUUUGGCCACAGUUUGGUUCAGGAGAUUUUUAGACGAUUGCGUGAAAAUGGUAAAAAAGAGUUUCGGCCUAUUCCUGUAUUGGACUUUGGUAAUCCACAGUACUUGUACGAGAGGUGUCAAGGAGGUAUAGAUGCUAUCUUGCGGGGCUUAACACAAGACCCUUCAGGGAAAAUUGAUGGGUGAGUGGACGAACUUACAGUCAAAGGGAUCAUUCGUAAAUCCAUAGAUUUUGUUUUAAUUUAAUUAGGAUAUUUUCAAUCAACGAGAAAAUUGUCAAGGUGUUGUCCUAAAAUGGGGGGAACUUAAGAAAACAAAACAAUCCACACUCCUCCCAUCCAUUCGAAGUUGGGUUUUUGUUGUUUGUACAAGUAGCUCGAACAGCGGCACAAGAUUGCGUGGAGAAGGUGGGGGAGAGAAAGCUUUAUUUUCCCCUUUUUUAAGUUGUCAAAACGCCAGAGAGGUACUUUAGGGCCAAAGUUUCUCAACUAAUUUUGUCAUCGAUUGUUUUCCAACGGAGAUUUUUGAUCUCAAAUUCACUUGAUUUGCUAUUUUAAAAAACGAAAAAUCCGAAAAUAGAUUCAUUCUUUAGCGUACCAGCAACACAUUGGCCAGAAUUGAACUGGUGAGUUCAACCCACUACGAGGUCCCCUUUCUAGGGCGUAUCUUAUCUGUUGGCCAGAAGGCACGUGCGUACUUUAAAAAUGUCAAAAACAAAAACAAAAUAGACAUUUUGAUUGAUGUGAUUGAAAAAUAUCGGUAUCGUCUCCGAAAAACUGUAUGGAAGUUCCUUACAAGGCGGCAAAAGCCCUUGCUUAGAGCCAUAGAAAAACGAUGAAAUAAGGCAAAUGCAGUUUGGCUAAUAUUUAUAUUUGUCAUUUUCUUUGAACAUUUUGCCCAUUACGAGGUGAAUGUGAGUCACAUGACUUUGGUUGACAAAGGAAACGUUCAUCAGAUAAAUGCAAACGUGGAUAUAAAACUGCUUGCCAAGUUUCACAAAGCUGAGAGAAAUGGUUCUACUUGAAGUGAAAAUCAACUCAAAUUGUGGUUCAGCCAAGUCUUUCAAGACACAUGAAUCUUUCAUGUCUGAAGUCUAUACAGAGGAGUCGUAAUCGCAUUUCUUUAAAUUUUAGCCAAUUAAUUUUAUAUACUGUUUUAUUUUUAAGGAGAUUUUCGAGUUCCGUACAAGAAGAGCUCCGUCGUGGCGAAGGCGAUCUGUCUGAUUUAGUCAGCAUCAAUAUUCAAAGAGGACGUGAACGCGGAGUUCCGGGAUACACGAAGUAUCGUAACCUGAAGUUAUGCGGACUGUCAAAAGUGAAAAGUUUCAACGAUUUGACAAGAAAGGCUGGCUUUAAAGCAGAAGACGUUGCAAAUUUGAGGAAGGUUUACAGAAACGUGCGUGAUAUUGACUUGUUCGUUGGAGGUGAGUGAUACAGAGCUUACACUUUUUGGUAGACUUGCUUCAAGUCGACCUCUCAUAGGUCGUUAAAGGUGAGCGAAGCGAGGUCGCGCAGCGACCUAGCGAGCGACGAAGUCUUGAGGUCGACUUGUUUCGCCUGAAUGGAUUUGAAUCAUAUUCAGUUACUAGAAAUACGUGAAUCGCAGGACCUCGUAUAGCAUUUUGGGGGAACGGCAAGAAGUAAGAAGAAACGGAAAUAAAUCGAUUAACAUAUAGGCUGUGUCGGAAGCGGCGUGAAAUAUCACCCACUGCACUGUCCUAUUGGUAAUUGUCAUGACGCCAUCGGUAGAAUUUCAACCGGUGAAUUUCGCACCAAACAGAGUGGCAAAAUGGCAUAACCAACCAGUGAAAAAAAAUUAAGUAUUGGCUCUAACUCUGUCACUCAUGAUAGUCGGUCCUAGAAAAAAAAAUCACUGAAAAAUUCAAAGAAAUAAAAUGGUGUAAUUAUGCAAACGUUUGCUGAGUGUCGAUAGGGUUCGUUUGAAUGCCAAGGCCAUAGGAUUUUGACCAUAGAUUUAAAAGAUAAGGUAACCGAUGAUAUAUUCAUGACGUACUAAUGUAGUGUAAAAGCGUAAAAUUGCCAUGAUAUAGUAAUCCGAAACUCGCUAAUAAGAGAAGGACGUAUUUCUGUAUUGCGUUGUAAGAUGGAAGUGGCCAAAGUUUGGGUUUCUUGGUUAUGUCUGCGAAUUUAUCUCUAGUUGAGACGGGUUUAAAACUGUACUAAGAGAGAAAGUUUAUAGAAGAUUACUUUGAUCUCCAUCCUUGGUUCAUAAUUAGUGUGUAAUCAGUCAUUUUCAGGCAUUUCAGGCUAUAUUCAAGCUGCUUUAAUAACUUUCCAGUGUUCUAAACUCUAGGGGAGUGAUCAAUCGUACACAGUGUUUAAAUAAAUCUGAAGAAGAAAAUUCAGCAGAGAUGGUUUACCUUGCAAUAGUAUAAGAGCGCGCGGGAGCCACCUCAGCCAAUGUGCUUUUUUCGCUGUUGCCUUAACUUGUUUUUUUUUUAUUUCCUUUCACAAUAAUAUUCUUAUUUGCAUCCAGUAAGUAGAUUUAAUUUGCUUCUUAAUUCUCAGGAAUGCUGGAAGCAAAUAAAGGGUCAGAAGCCCUGGGACCAACUUUUCAAUGCAUUAUAGCCGAGCAGUUCCAGCGCCUCAGAAUCGGAGAUCGUUUUUGGCACGAAAAUGCCCCAGACCCAAGCUUGAACACCGAUCGAACGGCGUUCAAUGCUGCCAUGCUACGUGAGAUCAGAAAAACAACGUUUGCCAAGAUACUCUGCGACAAUGCUGACAGCAUCUCGAAAAUUAACCCGACAGUGCUGAGGCCGUCAAGCUCAAGGACACCUUGCAGCGCCUUGCCCACGGUUAGUCUUACGCCAUGGAUAACGCCACAUCGGGACUCAGGGUAAGUUUUUUUUUACAACAACUGAACGACUUUUCGCUCACUGAUUGGUCGAAAGCUAUGAUCGAUAAGAGUGCUAACCAAGUAUAAUUUUUGUCGAUUUGGUAAUUUGCCUAUAACGAUAGUACCAUGUUACCAUGCAUAUUCUCCUGAUCUGACUGCAUUGUGAUCGAAUGAUUAAUUAUGAUUAGAAGGAGCAUUGGAACUAGGAUUAUGAUCAUAUCGUGAUCGAUCGAGAUUUUGGUCUUAUGCUGCUGAUGAUGAUGAUGUCGUUGAUGAUGGUGACGACGACGACGACGAUCACUAAUGAUGAUAAUAGGGAGCUUAAGCAACGGCGACGGCAACGAGACCGGCAAAAAAGCAAUAGGGUUAGAUUGGCAAAACAACAACUUUGCACGUCCAUCACGCUUUUUUUUACAUUUCGUUGCCGUCGUUGCACGACAACAACGUGAAAGUGCCUAAUCUCACGUUUUGUCGAGGACGGGAACACAGACAACAACUUUCUUUUUCUUUUCCUGAACUUUGAUACAGUCCUUUAGAAUUCAACUUCCAAAAAAUUUGCCAAAAUUUGACCAAUUAAACGAGAUGGAAUAAGCGCGAAAAAGUUCGAGGCAGGACGAAUUCACGUUGUUAGUGACGUUCUCGUAGCCGUCGCCGUUGUUGUUGCUUAAGCACCUUAAUGAUGAUGGUGGUGGUAGUGGUGAUGGUGAUGGUGGUGGUGGUGGUGGUUGAGAUAGUGAUAUCAAUUUCAGUUAGACACGAUUGCUCGAAAAGGAAAACGAGAGUUCAACCAGUAGUGAUACCACCUCGACUAGACUAAGUUGUACAAAUAAAGUUAAAAUAUUAACAUCUUUUCUACCCACAGAUCACCUGACGAUGAUGAUGACGGCGGUGAUUCAUCUGAUGAUGACCCCAACUUUUGAAUAUUGCCUCCUCAACCGCAAAAAUGACCGUAUUCCCGAAAAGGUCUUUGCUUAAAUCGUAGACUAGAUAAACGACUAUUAUAAAAUUGUCAUGCAUAGUGUAUAUUGUUUUCAAAAAAUGCAAUAAAGACUUUUGCUUGGCUAU